CCGAGGUAGAGGCAGAACAAGCCGCUGGCCAGUAGCCAUGGAGUGCGGCCAGUGCGGCGCGCGCUUCGCUGUCACACGGGGCGCGAGCUCCGCUCAGUGCGCGCACUGCCGCAGGGCGGCGCGUGUCGAACGGCACGGCGCCGUGCACGGGGCCGUCGGCUUCGUCAGGAACGUGUUCACCAACAUUGGCCGCACGAGGCCGCACCCGGGAUACCCGCCGGUGUACGGCAACAAGCGCGCUCUCUUGGUCGGCAUCAACUACACUGGAACGACGGCCGAACUGCCCGGCCCCAUCAACGAUGUCAAAUGCAUGAGCUUCCUGCUCACCCUCAAGUACGGCUUCCCAAGCGAUUGCAUCCUUGUCCUUACCGAUGAAGAGCGCGACCCGUACAGCAGGCCAACAAGGUCCAACAUCCUAGUGGCGAUGCGGUGGCUGGUGCAUGGAUGCAGCUCCGGGGACUCCCUCGUGUUCCACUUCUCCGGCCACGGCGAUCAGGAGGAAGACAAGGACGGCGACGAGCAGGACGGCCAAGACGAGGCCAUCUGCCCGCUAGACUGGCAGCUCAACGGCGCCAUCCUGGACGACGAGAUCAACGAGGCCAUCGUCCGCCCGCUCGCGCAGGGCGUCACGCUCCACGCCAUCAUCGAUGCCUGCCGCAGCGGCACCGUCCUUGAUCUCCCCAACCUUUUCCAGAUAAAAAAGAACGGGAAACCCCUGUGGAUGGAUCACAGCGCUCCAAAUGGCGCUUGGAAGAACACGAGCGGCGGUCACGCCAUCCUGAUCAGCGGCUGCACUGACGAUGAAGAUGCGCAGGAUGGUUACGGCCAUGAGACCAUGGCCAUGGGAGCCCUGACGUACAGCUUCUUCGCCGCGGCGUGGUUCGCGCAUCGGCCGCCCACCUACGGCUAGCUGCUUCAAAAGACAAAGGCGAUCCUCGUAGACUGCAACCGCGACAGCCAGAUCCACUGCGACCUCCCGGCGUCGAUCUUACCGCACGUCCGAAAGGUGGUGAACUUCAGUGGCGUGCAGGAACCUCAACUGUCUUCGUCCGACAAGUUCGACAUCAACCGGAAGACAUUUAUGCUAUAAAAUCAACAAGAUGUGUCAGCCGCUGGAACUGCCAUCUAAAUGCAUGCUACAGCGGACGCAAGCUCGUUGAGUAAUUCUGUCUCAGCCUUCUCAGCGUGGUGAUGGGUAAAUAAAACUAGUGCGUCGCAGGAUUAAGUCCUUGCCAUAGGCCUAGUCGCAGAGAAGUCUCAUGUUUCUGAAUGAACUUUAUGUUCGUAGUACAUGUCAAUUAUCUUACUCUUUCGACCUAAAAAAAAAUCUUACUCUUUCCUAUCCA